AUGGCUUCCGCUGGUACAGGAGCAGAGGAAGGGACAUUGCCGGGUAUGACGCUGCCGGAGGCCCUGGAGAAGUGGGUGGAAAGGCAUCCAGACAAGCAAGUAUGGAGUUAUCUCGACGAUCGGGGCAGAGAGACCUCCGACAGAGUCACGUAUCGGGAGCUGGACGACCGGACGAAAGCGCUCAGCCUCAACCUGCUGCGAGGAGCCAAGGGCAGGGGCGCGCUGUCGCCGGGGGACCGCGUGCUGCUGGUGUACCCGCCGUCCCUACACUUCGCGGUGGCGUUCGUGGCGUGUCUGAGGGCGGGGUUGGUGGCGGUGCCCGUCUACCCGCCGGACCCCCGCAAGCUCAAGAAAGACGUCCAGGCUUUUUCCAGGACAACGGCCAGCUGCGGUGCUAGAGUGGCUCUCACCUCUUCUGUGUACGACCACGCCAAGAAGAUGUCCGCGAUCAAGGCCAAGCUUACCGGCGACGACUCCCGUUGGCCAGAAAACCUCCAGUGGCUCGUCACAGACAAACCGCUUCCCAGCACCUCAUCAUCACCCUCUGCCUCCGCUGUCGUAGCCGACGAGGCUACCGCCAUCACGGCGGCAGCAGCAGCGGCGGCGGGGGGGGAGGGGGGCGUCGUGGUUCCGGCGGGGGUCGAUCGGGCCUCGUUGGCAUUUUUCCAGUACAUUUGGGGGUCGCCCGGGGACCCGAAGGGGGUGAAGAUCUCGCACGGCAAUCUCGCGAGCAACUUGAGCGCGAUCAUCACGGAGCUCAAGGCUGGGGAAGGGACGGUGGGGGUGUCGUGGCUUCCGCAGUACCACGACAUGGGACUAAUUGGGUCGGUGCUGGGUACCCUCUACUGCGGGGGCAGCGGCUACUACCUCUCCCCGCUGGACUUCGUCAGAUCUCCGCCGACCUGGAUAACGGCAGUAGAUCGCUUCCGCGCCACGCAUCUCCAGGCCCCUAACUUCGCUUUCGCCCUCACCGCCCGCAAAUGGCAGGACCUCAGGACUAAGCCGGCGGUGGACCUGUCGUGUGUCGUCCACCUCAUCAACGCGGCGGAGCCUAUCGAUGCCACCUCUCUCGACGCUUUCGAGGAAACCUUCCGACCGCUCGGGUUAGCGGACGACGUCAUCAAGCCCACUUACGGGCUCGCAGAGCACACCGUUUUCGUCUGCAGCGGCGGGGUGCAGAGGAUCACGGUGGACCGGAAGGCCCUCGAAGUGGACAAGCAGGUGGUGCUGUCAUCCCCAGGAGAGCCCGCUUCUCCUUCAUCGUCCUCCUGUUCUUCUGCGUGGUGUAAGCUGGUCGGCUGCGGGUACCCGGCCCGUGUGCAGGGCCUCGACGUGCUGGUGGUCGAGCCCGCGACCGGCUGCCCGUUGCCCGAGGACAGAGUCGGAGAGGUUUGGCUGAGGUCGCUGUCCAAGGCCCAGGGAUACUGGGGGCUCCCAGAGCGAAGCCGAGAGGCUUUCUGCGCCAUGCCCUCCCUCACCGACCCCUCUAAGGCUAACUCCCCGAAGACGCCAGCCGACUCGAAGGCAGAUUCAGAGGGGGGGGCACCGCAAGAUGUCCCCGGUGCAGGCGGUGCUGGUGGCGACCUCGCGGACCAUGGAGCAGGAGGCGGAGAGGAGGGACCGCUGGUAGAAGACGGUGCCGAUGGUACCGGUGAGGAGCAGAAGGCUGCUGGGGAGACUGGAGAAGCGAAGGAGGGUGGUGGCGGGGAUGCUGCAACAGCCGCGUCUGAACGCACCGCCGCUGCGGACAACGCUGCCGAUGGCGACGGCGAGGCUGCUGAUGACGUCACCGGUGGCGGUGGGAAUAGUGACUACCACCCGGUGUCCACCCUGGAGUUGCAUUCCGAGGCCGAAGAGAAGGUUGUGGGGGCGGGGGGUGCCGGGCUGGGUGAUUGGUCUACGGGGUAUCUAAGGACGGGGGACGAAGGGUUCAUGCACCGGGGGGAGCUGUUCAUCUGCGGGAGGAUCAAGGACCUGGUAAUCGUGGGCGGCCGCAACCACUACCCACAGGAUCUCGAAAGAACAGCGGAGCGAGGGCGCAACAAAGAUAUCCGCCCCGGCUGCAGCGCGGCGUUUAGCGUGCCUGGCGAGGACGGGGGGGAGCUACUCGUCAUCACGGCGGAGCUCAGAGAGGCACAGGUGAAGGUUUCGGAAGAGAGGCGGCGGCAGCUAGGGGAAGAGAUACGCGCCGCCGUCGUCAGCGAGCACGGUGUCGACGUUCACCAUCUGCUGCUGCUGGCACCGCGUGCGAACGUCAAGACGACGUCGGGCAAGAUCGCGCGGCAGUGGUGUCGACGGGCCUUCCUCCAAGCCAAGAUGAAGCCUCUCGUGCACCUCAAGAGCGCCAAGGUCGAUGACAGCAACGGCGGUCCUGGGGCUUCCGGCGGCGAGGAGAGAAUGGAGGCUCCACACCCCACCGUGGACCCCUCCUCGCUGGGCGACGAGGAGCUCUUGAGCCGUGUACAGGAGGCGGUGACGAAGGUGGGGGGCGGUGCGCUGCCCGACCCCGACGUGCCGUUCUACACGCUCGGGCUGUCCUCGAUGACCGCUGCGCAGUUCAGCGGUCUCCUAGAGCAGGAAUACGGCGCACAUGUUCCCCUCUCAGUCUUGGACGCCGAUACCACCACGCUCAGAUCCUUGGUUCCCAUAAUCAAGGCCGAGGGAAGGGGGGAGGGGGCGCCGGCGACAGGGCCGAGCGGUCAAGGGGCUGUGACGGCAGCAGGAGGGGCGGCGGUGGCUGGGGUCGCCUCGUCACAAACCAUGGUCCGCGAGCCGACCGGAAAGUGCGAGGAUACCAUCACAAACAGCUGCCCGUGCUGCUUGUGCUUGCUCUCAUGCCCCUGUUGCAUGUAGUUUUGUCGGGAAAGCGCAAUCGCUUCGUGUUUUCGCAAUCCCACUUGUGCCGUUCUGUCCUCCCUCUCCCCCCCUUGAAGGCAGAGCUCCAUAACAUUGAUUGAGCGCCAUUCUUAGUUUGCGUUUGGGAGGGAUCCGUUUUGGGGUGUGCAUGUUUUGGCGCGGUGUUGCAUGGAGCGCGGCCAGUUGCUGGGGUCGUUCCCCCUGUAUAUUGUUCGGUGUUCGAAAUUCCUACCAUGUUUGACAAGGAAGAUUUGAUCGAGAGGGGCGGCAACGGGUACGAGAUGUAUGUAGACGAGGCAGCAAAGUCACGCGGAAGAGCAUCAUCGAGACAUAGCCUCAUAGAGAUUCGACUGAACCUUGGAUGUUUGGAUAGGAAACGCCAGGUGUUUCAACCAGUUCGGUUGGAUCUGCUUUAGCAGUUAGUUCUCCACGCUGAGGACGGAAUGAAGAGGGCUCAUUCCUGAUCAGAACGAGGCCCGAGUCCGGGCCACGGGGUAGUGUUUCGCAAGAGGGUGAGGGGGGUAGGCGGGAGACUCCCCUCUGAGUUCCGCAGAAGCGGGAUAUGCCUUACUUAGUUUGACGGUCAGUGUAGGCUUUAAGGAUCCAAACGAGAACAUGC